CACUUACAAGAAGUGAAUAAGACAUGGAGCUUUCGGUCGCUCCCAGUGAGUUCCGAUUAAUAUAAGGUAAUCUUGAUGUACACUACGGGCCGCCCCAUGCCGAGCUCCACUAUAUCUUAGCUUCACCAAGAUGAGUCGGGAACCUCCCGACUUCCCUGCAGUGCGAUCGAACGACAACACUGAAGUUGGUGGCCUACUACCUCAGGUCACAUUCACAAGAAACCAAUUCCGAGUUAGCGUCACAAGGCUCUUUGAAGGCAAAAACGAGCAUGGUCACUCGGCCUAUAUCCUGUUCCGCCGGCGCCGCGGCAACCCGGCGAAUGCUCCUGCGCCAUUCCCGGCCAAUAAACCUCCCUAAGAGGGCGACAGCAAGCUCCCCGAUGUACAGCCCCUCGACCGGCACAGUUCGGACCAUAACCUCUUCUACCUCCCAAUCCAACAAUUGUGUCACCACUCAACGACUCCGCCUCCCAAUCCAGCCUUCUCCCAUCGCCCGAUCGGCCCGAACAUACCACUCCUACGACCACCCGCCCCCACCAGGGCCCUUCACCCCAGCCGAAGCCUCCCUCCUCUCUACUGCCUACGCACACGUCCCCUCGCACGGUUUUACGCCCGAGGCCCUAGCCCUUGGGGCGCGCGACGCGGGCCUGCUCUACAUCAGCCCGUCGAUCCUGCCCGACGGUAGCUUCAGCCUAAUCCGAUGGCACCUGCAUGUGCAGCGGACGUUGCUCAAGGGGAAGCUGGUUGAAAUUCUCGGGAGUGGUGGAGGUGAAAGGAUGAGAGUGGAGGACAAAGUCGAAGCGCUUGCGUGGGCGCGGUUGCUGGGAAACGAGACGGCGGGUGUGGUUAGGCGGUGGCAGGAGGCGCUCGCAAUCAUGGCACAGCCUAGCUACAUCCCCGCUUCACUGGCCGAACUGGCCUCGCUAGCCGACGAGAUCCUCUACCUGGCCGGUGACGUGUCGGUCGACCCCUCGUGGUACACGAAGCGAGCGUCGCUGUCGGCCAUCUACGCCGCAGCCGAGCUGUUCCAGACCACCGAUCAGUCCCCCGGUUUCCGCGAGACGCGCGCUUUCCUGCGGCGGCGACUGGACGAGGCGGCUCAAGCGGGUGGCGCGGUGCGUUCGGUUGGGGAGUGGAUUGGGUUCAACGCCGGGGCGGCGGUGAAUGUGUUGCGGAGUAAGGGGUUAAGAAUAUAGGGUCCGGUAGGGACACGCAAACGGCGGACAAGCAGUCGCGAUGUUGGGAUAUAUUGGGCAAUAUCUGUCCAUCAUACUGUAGCUAUGCCGUGUAGGAUUUGGAUAGAGAAAGAAUCUCUGUACAAUUAGCACUAUAAUCAUGCUGUCCAAGGCGGACAGGUUUCGCUAGAUAUAUG